CUCCGGUGAUUAAAACGCGCGCCCCCCCUCUUUGUUUCCUUUCAUCCAUGGUGACGAGCGCUAACCUGAGGUCAUCGGCGCUCUUUUCAAACUUUUGCCACCGCUUAUAAAACGCUCUUUUUUGCCACACGCUCUCCUUAAAUCAUAUUUAUUGAUAUGAUAUUAGCUCGUGUCAUGAGUUCCUUGUUAAGAUAGCAUCCGCUUCUGUCAUGCUAAAUUGUCGUAGCUGUCAGACUAAAGUGCUUCCUUGCGCCAAAGAACGUAGAUUGAGUUAAAGCUUGACAUUUUUUAAACUGUCAUGUUAAAUUAUUAUAAUGCGCUGUUAUGGUGACCGAGCGGGUUAAAAAAGACCCUAAAAAAUGUGAUGAUAACUUUUGGCUAAUGUUAGCUAGCUAGCUAAGUAGUUUUGCAAACAGCUCCAUUAGUGUUAGUUUAACACAUUGGCUCACGACUGUGCACAGUUUAGUGUUCAUUUUGGACUCGCAAGUGUUUCUUAAGAGUCAUGGAGAGCAGCGCUGAGAGGAAAUUCGUUAACUUGAGGAGGCGUUUGGACCAGCUGGGCUACAGGCAUCCUCUGGGGAUUGAAAACCUGCCGCUCGUUGAGAAGCUUUUCAGUGAUCUGGUUCACACAACCGAAAGCCUGCGCAAUGCCAAACUCUCGGCAAAGUCAGAAAAACAAAGCCAAAAUUGUGACGUCCUCCUCGAGCCCUACAGAGCAGAUAAUGCAAGGCUGGUCAGGGAGAACAACCAGCUUCAUAUUGACCUCCUCAAGGUGAAGGAGGAGAUGGAGCACGUAACUCGAGAGCUGAAAAGCCGCAUCAGAAAACUGGACCAUGACAUGUGCGACCUGAGGUUCUUGAAUAAUCAGUACGCGCACAAGAUCCGCUGCCUGGAGAAGGACAGCAAAGCCAAGGCUGAAUGCAUUCUGCAGCUGCAGGAGAAGAACCUGCAAGCUGUGGUGCAGACGCCAGGUGGGAAAAAGCGUAGCAUCGCUUUCCGACGUCAGAGAAUGCAGACCGAUGAGCUCAUUCCUCCACCUGCGACAUCUGGGUAUCCCGUGGCUCAACCUGAUGAUCCAUACAUAGCAGAUCUCCUACAAUUGGCUGAUAACAGGAUUGUUGAGCUGCAGGAUGAAGUCACAAAAGUCACAUCGGAGCUCGACGAGUCCCAUGAAUGCAUGCAACUCCUAAACACCCAAGUUAGUGAGAGGGACCAAGAGAUAGACCGUCUCAACCGCGUUCUUCAUGGAGGCCGACCUCUCGAUGUUGUCUCUUUGGAGGCUGAGAACGCCAGCAAUGAGAAACUGAUCGCCCACCUCAGCCUUCAGGUCGAAUACCUGCAAGAGAGCAAUAAGGCGCUGGAGCAGAAGGUGGAGGGACUGCAGCAGAAAUCCUCCAGCAAAGUGGCCGACCUCUCUUUGAAAAACUUUGAACUGUGUCAGGAGCUGACACACAUCGAUGGCCUGGCCAAGCGGAUGGAGAUGGAUAAGGAGAGAGCGUUGGAAAUGGCCGACCUGGAGUUGCGUAAUAAUAAAGAAGUUAUUCAAGGUCAACAAGAAGUCAUUGACGAUUUGGAGGAGAAACUGAAAAAAAUAAGCGCGGAGCUUUCUGAGCGGGACUUUGAAAAAGGCUCUCAAGAAGAGCAGCUGCUGGAGCUGCGUCGGCAGAACGAGGCAUUGGAGGGAACGCUGGACUUCCUGGAAGCGGAGAAAAUCAGACUGCAGGACAAAGUGGAGAAGAUGAUGGCUGCCGACAAAGAGAUGGUGCUGGAGCUGGAAGCUUUGCGAGCCAAACACGGCGUCUGCGGCAGGGAACGCUCGCCGUCGCGCCUGGACGCUUUCGUCAAGAGUCUUGAGGAGGAGCGGGACCGCUACCGUCAGGAAGCCGAACACUGCAGACGAGUCCGGGGAACCGGCAGCCCCGCUCGUAGUCCGGGCCGGGGCAGGAUUCCAGCUGGCAAGGGAGGCGCUGCAGAGUCGGACUUGCUCACUUUGGGGAAGGAGCGAGACGAGCUGAAGGCGGCUCUGCAGGAUGUGGAGGUGCACAUGGAGGACAUCCAGACCAACGUGAAAGCUCUCACUUCUGAGAGAGACCACUUCAAAGUUAUGUUUUACCAGGCGCAAGAGCAGCUGAAGGACACCCGUCAAAGCUCAAGCACGUCCGAUGACGUCUUGAACCUGAAAGAGGAACUGAGGUUGGCAGAAAGUAAAAUCCUGAAGGUUAAGGCAGAGCGAGACUUGCUGAUGGAGGAGUUUCAGGUUGGCCAACCUUCGGCUCUGCCAAAUGGACAUGGGCAAGAAAAGCGGAUACUAGACAUGCAGAAUGGCAUUCACAUUCUGGAACAGGAGAACUUAGAGCUGCGCUCGCAGCUCUUUGCGCUAAAGGACAGCAAGCGGGACAUGGAGCAGAAACUGGACGUCCAGUCAAGUGCGCUGCUUCAAAACGCCGAAGAGACGGCGCAGCACAGGAAAAUGGCUUCUGCGUUGAGGCUGCAACAGGAGCAGAUGAAGUGUUCGCUGUCUGAGCUCCAACAAAAGCUGUCUGUGAAGACCUCCGAGCUGCACGCCGCUAACGAACAGAUGGAAAUUCAGGAUGAGACCAUAGGGAUGUUGCGUCAGCAGGUGGCCAAGCACAAGCAAGAGGCGGAACGGCUUCAGCACUCAUUCUCUGCGCUGGAUAAGGAGAAGGAUGGCCUGCAAGAUGAGGUGGAUCAAAAAGCAGAGAAGCUGGUUGUUCUUCAGGAGGAACUUGAAAACAAGGCAAAGACACUUGAGGAUGUUAGGCACACAGUCACAGCAAUGGACAAAUCUGUGGCUCAACUGCAGGGGGCGCUAAAUAGCCGCGAGAGGGAGAUCGCCAGUCUCCGGAAACAGCUCGACGAAGCCUUGAUGGAGGUGGCGGGACUACAGAAAACCAAAGAGAUCACAGUCAGGGAGAAGAGGAGGCUUCAAGAUGACCUGACGACGAUGACCAGAGAGAACCAAGCGGUCACCGUGGAGAUGGAGGAGGCUUUGCGUGAGCGCGACGAGCUGAAACUGAGAGUGCACUCUUACAUCAGCGCGGUGGCCAAAAUUGAGAACCUGUUGCAGAAAAAGGAUCAGGAGAACCUGGACCUGCUGGAGCGCUACCGCGCGGCCCACUUGGACGUGGAGGAGCGGGAGCGCAGGCUGCAGCAGAUUGAGGAGCUGAAGAACUCCAUCCGCCUGGAGCUCCUGUCGUCCGACGCCGAACGCCGGCACCUGCGUGAAACCGUCGGCAACAAGGAGCUUGAGAUCCAGCAGAAUAUCCAAGCUCUGCAGGCGUACGAGGGCAAAGUGUCAACGCUGGCCCGAACCAUGGCCCGACUUGAGGAGGAGCUGCACAAGGCCCAGGAGGAGAAAGCGACUCUCUCCUCCGAUUUGGCCUCGGUCAGGGAGCUUUGCGUCAAGCUGGACUCUGCCAAGGAGCUCACCGUGCGACAGGUCACAUCCAAGAGCAUGGAACUCGAGAGGGUGGAAGCAGAGCUGGAGGACGUGCGCUCCGAAGCGCAGCUGCUGAAAAAGCAACUGACCAGCGAGCGGCUGGCAGUGCAAAAUCUGGAGAAAUUGCUGUCCACCAAUCGCCAAAAGGAGUUCCAGACGCACCUGACGGCCAGCGAGAAGGAGUCCGAGCUCAAGGUCCUGCGCGACAGGCUCACCCUGGCCGACAACAAGAACACCGAGCACGCGAGGGACGUGUCCAACCUGCGCAACAAAGUCUGUCAGCUGCAGACCGAGAUGGACGUCCUCAACAGACAGCUGACGUCAGAGCGCUUUGAACGCGAGAGGGCCACGCAGGAGAUGAGGCGGCGAGGCCUGUCCGUGUCUCCGCUGCGGAGCUCGUCGUCGCUCAACGUCUCGACAGGUUCGCAGUGCACGUCCGUCACCAGCUCCACUCCACAGUCAGACAAUUAAUACAUCAUUCUUUUCAUUCAUCUACAGUAGAUAGUGAUACCUCGACCAUCAUAAGGUUGCUUCAAUCGCUUAUGUUGAAUGACUUUAGAUUUAAUUAAGAAGAACUGUCAGGCUCUAGCACGUGGGCAAGGAGAGCUAGAGUUGUCAGUGCACUUUUUUGAAGUUGCCAGCAAGUAUUUAUUGAGCUAUUAUGCUAUUCAAGCUAUUAUGCUUGAAUUGUUUCACGCACGUCUUGGAUUUUCGCAUUUUCUGUACAAUAUAACAUUGUUUACCUCCAUCCUUUUUUCCCCUCAUGUUCUAAAUAUAUAUUGUGUACAUACUGACAUUUGUUGAAUAAACAUGACAUUGUGUUUUCAUA